GAAAACUAGAUGUUUGGAGAAAUACGUGCUUCGGAUGAAUGUAGAUAAGAAAUCUUAGAAAUAUGUAAAUAGUUACCAUUUACAUUAAACGUUUUAGUUGUAAAUCAUAUCAGCAGUACAUGAUAGUUUCACCCUUUCAAGCACGUGAACAUGAUCUUUGAACAUAAUGUACUUUUUCCGAGGUCUUAUUGCUGCUGAUAAGCUCCCGGGCGGCACAAUCAUUCACAGGGGCUUUUCACCUACAUACCAGAUAGAUUUGCUUUUACUUAGGUUGUGAAGGAAGAUGCAUUACUCAACGCUUCUCACAGUUUUGUUCCUGCUGUCUGUUUCAUGUGGGGUCUAUUCUGGUAAGAUUUUGGUAUUUCCAGUUGAUGGAAGCCACUGGAUUAAUAUGAAAGUUCUCAUUAUGGAAUUAUAUUCAAAAGGACACAACAUUACAGUGAUUCGAAGUUCAGACAGUAUGUACAUUAAAGAAGAGUCACCCUACUACAAAUUCAUCACUGUUGAUGUGGGAACAUUUGAUGAUGACUUUUUUGCAACUUUUGUUGCUGCUUCACUACAAGUGCGACAACAACAAAGAUCCUCUUGGGGCAAAAUUAUGUUUGGAAUGGAGGUCUUGAAAAAGUUUUCUGAGAUUCAUGAGAAAAUUUGCAACAUGACUGCCAUGAUCUUUGAAAAUGAGACUCUAAUGAAAUCUUUGCAGCAAGCUAAAUUUGAUAUGGUUUUAGCAGACCCUGCUAUGGGAGGUGGUGUGCUAUUAGCACACAAACUUGGUCUCCCUCUUGUGUUCAAUGUUCGGUGGACUAUUCUUGUUGAGGGCCAUUUUGCCAUUGCUCCCUCUCCUCUGUCUUAUGUACCUGUUCCUGGAGCAGAGCUAACAGACAAAAUGACUUUUAUACAGAGAGUCAUAAAUGUGUUCAGUUACUUCAUCACUUACUAUCAACACGGUAAACAUUUUGGCCAACCUUACAAGGCUUUCUGUCAGAAAUACUUUGGACCUGAUGUAGACUAUUUUUCCAUUCUUCAGAAUGCAGAUAUUUGGCUCAUGAGAAAUGACUUUAUUUUUGAAUUUCCACGACCCACAAUGCCAAAUGUGAUCUAUAUGGGUGGCUUCCAGUGCAAGCCCUCCAAACCACUUCCUGAUGAUAUAGAAAAGUUUGUCCAGAGUUCAGGGAAACAUGGGGUCAUCAUAAUGUCUUUGGGAUCUCUUUUUGGAGAACUUGGAGGUGACAUUGCAGAUGAGAUAGCAGCUGCCUUUGCACAACUGCCUCAGAAAGUCAUUUGGAGACACACUGGACCUCGACCUUCUACUCUUGGCAAUAACACGUUGCUAGUGGACUGGAUGCCACAGAAUGACCUCCUCGGACACACAAAGACUAAGGUCUUUGUAGCUCAUGGAGGAACCAAUGGUAUUCAGGAGGCUAUCUAUCAUGGCGUUCCCAUUUUAGGUCUACCUAUAGCAUUCGAUCAACCCGAUAACCUGUCAAGGAUGAGAAAAAAGGGAGCAGCUCAAGUACUGGAUAUUUCUGCAUUGGACAGCUCUGUAUUUUUAGAGGCAUUAAAGGAGGUGCUGUAUAAUCCAUCUUACAAAGAGAAUAUGCAGAGGUUGUCUCGACUGCAUCAUGACCAGCCCAUAAAGCCUCUUGAUCUUGCCGUCUUCUGGAUUGAAUAUGUCAUAAGGAAUGGAGGUGCUCCUCACUUACGCACACAGUCUUUUAGGAUGUCCUGGAUUACCUAUCACUCUGUGGAUGUUAUACUCACAUUGCUGGGAGCUCUGUUGAUCAGUGGCUGGCUAACAUUUUUGUUGCUAAGAUGUCUUUGUUUUAAAUUAAUCCGUAAUAAUAAAAUUAAGCAUGAAUGAUAUAUUUGCUUAUUUGUAAACAGGAGGUAAAGGGUGUAAUUGUGUACAGAUGUAUUGCUUAAAACCAGCAUGAACCAUGUACUAAGGUUUCACCUCUCUAUCUCGAUUAUUAAACAAAUUUGUAAAUA